AUGAGCUCCAAAUCAUCGAUUGUCCUUCUGAAGAAUGUUGACUCUAUUCAAUCAUAUGCUCCAUUGAUUGCGAAAGCUGCAGAGUUAUCAGAGGAAGAUAGCACUCUUGAUAUACUAAUUCUACCUCAAAUUUCAAAAUUAAAUAUAUUGGACGUCUUACUAGCAGAAAUCUAUACACUGGCCACUGAAAUAAUAGAAAAUUUAGGGAAACCACAAAUAUUUACUCGUGUACUGUUUAAUGAACACUACUGUGUUCUGAAAGAGCCAAGUUGGGACUUAUUAAUACUGGAUAAUUCAGACAAUUCAUAUGAUGAUUUCAAAUAUCAGGAUAAGGGAAGUCUGGACAAUGUCAAUGUGCAAAGAGCAAGUAAUGACCCCCAUCAUUUGAAAAAAGAUACAGAUGAUUCAGAAGCAUCAAGUGAAAAUGUUGUUGCUCUAGGUGGUACAUUUGAUCAUUUCCAUGACGGUCAUAAGAUUCUUUUAACUGCUGCCUUAUUUUUGGCUAAGAAGAAGAUUAUUGUUGGAAUCACAGAUGAAGAACUUUUGGCAAAGAAAAAAUACAAAGAACUACUACAAUCUUAUGAUUACAGAAAGAAAAUUGUUGUCGAUUUCCUGAAUUAUGUCAAGCCAGGUUUAGAAAUUGAUGCAAUUGCAAUCCGUGAUGUUGCUGGUCCAACAGGGUACAUUGAAGAUAUUGAUUCAUUAGUGGUGAGCAGAGAGACCAUAUCUGGUGGGUCAUUUAUUAACAAUCUGAGAAAAGAAAAGGGAUUCAGACAAUUGAAAGUUCACGUUAUCAACGUCAUUGGUGGCGAAGAGGAAGAUGGGUUUCAAAACAAGUUGAGUAGCACACAGUUAAGAAAGGAAGAGUAUGAAACCAUGCUCGCAAAGAAAACCGAAUCUACAACAAACCAAUAA